CCCCCACUUCUUUAAGUGAGCAUAUGUAGCAAGCAUCUCAAUGGAAAGAGCUACCACCCGAGAUACUUGGAAUCAAAGAAGAAACUUCAAGCAUUGCUAAAAUAUUUUCAAAAUAUGUUUUAUGGAGCUUGACAAAGCACAGUCUACCUUGAAGUCAUCCAGUACAAGUGGAUCUCCUUUUUCAGCUUUUUGCAAUUAUGAUUGGAUGAUCUGAAGUUUCUUCAAUCCAGCUGCCCACCUUAGUUAAUGUCUAGGCACCAAUUCAUAGGUAUUUUGGGAAAAAAUCUCUAAGGCCUCAAGUAUUCAAUGGCAUUGCAAAACAAGAACAACUGAAGAGAUCUUAGUAUGUGUUGCAGCUUAAAAAAAAAAACCAAGUAAUGGACACAGUUCUACUUUUUCAUAGACUUUCAAAGAAUAAUAACAGCUAGCACUUAUAUAGCAUUUUAAGAUUUCUAAAGUGCUUUACAAAUAUCAUCUUUAUUUUUACGACUCUGGAAGUAGGUAAUAUUCUUAUCCCUCAUUUACAGAAGAGAAAACUGAGUCAGACAGAGGUUCAAUGACCUGCCCAGGAUCAAAGAACUAAAAAAGACCUGAGACCAGAUUGGACCUCAGGUCUACUCAACUACAGGUCAGGAACUCAGUCUACUGCACUACCCAGCAGAACUGUUCCUUGCCAGGAAAAUCAUGAAUGAAACUGAGUGUAUUGAAGAGCAGCACUAUGUAGAUCACUAUUUGUUUCCCAUCAUUUAUAUCUUCGUGAUGGUCAUCAGUAUUCCUGCCAAUGUUGGAUCUCUGUGUGUCUCAUUUCUUCAAGUGAAAAAGAAAAAUGAAUUAGGAGUUUACCUCUUUGGCCUUUCACUCUCUGAUCUUCUCUAUUCAUCUAUGUUGCCCCUUUGGAUACAUUACACUUGGAAUGAAGACAACUGGAAGUUCUCUCCCAACCUGUGCAAAGUGAGUGCUUUCCUGAUGUAUGUGAAUUUCUACAGUAGCAGUGCCUUCCUCUCCUGCAUCUCCUUUGAUAGAUACUUAGCAGUGGUCUAUCCUUUGAAAUUUCCUUAUCUAAGAACAAGAAGAAUCGCCCUUUCCAUCAGUUUAUCAAUCUGGGUCCUAGAAACAGUGUUCAAUGCCACCAUUAUCUGGAAAGAUGAAACAUUUGUUGAACACUGUAAUACUAAUAAGUCUUACAUUUUGUGUUUUGACAAAUACCCCUUGGAGACAUGGAAAAUUCACUUCAACAUCUUUCGGACAUGCACUGGUUAUAUGAUCCCCUUGGUCAUAAUUAUAUUUUGCAACCAAAAAGUCUACCAAGCAGUAAAGCAUAAUCAAGCCACAGAGAACCGGGAAAAGAAGAGGAUCAUCAGGUUGCUUUUAAGCAUCACACUUACUUUUUUCUUCUGUUUUACCCCUUUCCAUGCUCUGUUGAUGAUUCUAAGUCUUGGAAAGCACAGCUCAUACAUUGGCAAGCAGAUAUUUAAACUUUAUAGAAUCACUGUUGCCUUGACGAGUUUAAAUUGUGUGGCAGAUCCAAUUUUGUACUGUUUUGUAAGUGAGACAGGACGAUCAGACAUAUGGAGCAUGUUAAAACUCUGCCAUCUGUCAAGUAAGUCUCAAAGAAAAAUGACAGCUUCUAUGUCUACAAAAUAUAGCAUGAACUUAGAUAUAGUAGAAUAAUGGAAUAUUUUUCUUUUGUUUUCUUUUACUUUUUCAUAGAUGAUACUAUUUUUUAACUUUUAUUUUUUUAAAUUUUGAGUGCUGAAUUCUCUCCUUCCAUUCCUUCCUCUACCCAUAGAGAAAGAAAACAAUGUUAUAUCAAUUAUGUAUAUUAAAUUGUGAAAAAUAUAUUUCUAUAUUAUGAAAAGAGCAAUAGAAAUAAAGUAUAAAAAGAUUAUACUUCAAUCUGCACUCAGACUUCAUCAGUUCUCUCUCUGGAAGUAUAUAAUAUUUUUCAUCAUGUGUCCUUUGGAAUUGUCUUGGAUCAUUAUCUUGAUCAGAGUAGCUAAGUCUUUCACAUUAUUAUAUUACAGUUACUAUGUAUAAUGUUGUCCUGGUUCUGCUCCCUUCAUUUUGCAUCAGUUCAUAUAAGUCUUCCUUUUUUUCCUGAAACUCUUCUACUUGUCAUUUCUUAUAAUAUUCCCUCACAAUGAUAUACCACAACUUGGUUAGCCAUUCCUCAUUUGAUGAAUAACCCCUCCAUUUCCAAUUCUUUGCCUUCUCAAAAAGAAUUGCUAUAAAUAUUUUUGUAUAUAUGAGGUCUUUUUCCUUUUUCUUUGUUCUUUUUGGGAUUCAGACUUAGUAGUGGUAUUGCUAGGUUAAAGGGUAUGCACAGUUUUAUAACUCAUUGGGCAUAGUUCUAACUUAUCCAGAAUGGUUGGACAAGCUCACAACAAAGUGAGUGCUUUUCAAGGUCAUAAUGGUAAAAAUGGGAGUUAUGGUGAUAUCAAAAAUCUGUUAGAAUGACAUAAUUUAAUUAGUGUUGUUAGGAGUUGGUUAUUUAUUAUAAUUUAAUUUCUUGUGAGUGCGAUUGGGGGUCAGAGGGAGGGUGAUUGAGAAAAUCAGUAAAAUUGACUUACCCCAUUUAAUAUAAAGAUGCUAAGCCCAGAUACAUUUAUCCAGGAGAACAAAUCUCAUUUAAUUAAUCAAGCGGAGAAGUUUGGUAGGUGAGAAUAAGACCUUGACAUCUGACUUGAUGGAACUGGAAGUCUCUUGGGAUUAUUUGAGAGACUUGGUCACUCUAUAGAAAUCUUCUGGAUUUAAAUAUUUUUUGACAGGAAUGUUAAUAAAGAGACUUUUUUUUUUCAAAUAGAGUAAGUUAAACAGGACCAUAUCAAUUUUUUCUUGAUAACAUUAUUAUCCUUAGUAGUAACAAUUAUUAUAUCCUGCUAUAGUGCACUGAGGCAAACAUUGCCCUCCAAGAAUGAACUCAUACUACACUUCUUUUAGUUUUUUUAUCUGCUUUUUGUAAGCUUUCUCCCGCCCUUCUCUAUUUCAGCUGUCAUUUCUAGCUUUCAUUUUCUCCCUUCCACAAUCCCUUGGACCUCUUUCUAGGCUUGCUUAUAAUCCAAGGAGGUGGAAACCCAACAACAAAGUUAUUGUUUUUGUGCUUCAAAUGUAAAUAAAUAAGAAUAGCAAGGCACCUUUCCUAAAAUAAUGUGAACAAAAUUUAUCUCAUGAACUCUAAGGAAGUAGGCUCAUCUAUUUGAGGGACUUUUUUUUUUCCUUUUCAGGGCCCAAUUAUGUUUCAUAUUUACAACUCCAAUCUAGAAUGUCAAGUUUGCCAGAAAUUAACUUCUAGAUAAUUUCACUGUACUUAAACAUAUAUUUUUAAGCUUCAAAGAACAAUUAUUUGCCACUUUAAAUCUCUGAAGGAUGCUAUCAUUUCACUGUCCUACCUUCAUGGAUACUCAGUGAAGGUUUGGUGAAUAUACUUUUCUUCCCUGCCCAUCCCCAACCAAGCUAAAAUUCCAGAAUUUUAUGAUAGUUUUUGCUUUCAUAUUCUUUAUAUUGACUACCUCAAACUUAUACCUCAGCUUCUUAAUUCAUCCCCACAACUAUGGUUUGCCUUCCUAAACUGCUCCCCACCACCAUGACAUCCAAACUGCACCAAUCCAUCAAGCUGUACUUGUAGUAUGGCUUAAUGGAAAGAAGGCUGGACUUGAAUUACUGAUUUGGAGUCCUAGGUCAAUCAGUUACUAGCUAGGUGACUUUGGACAAUUCACUUGACUUUUCUGGACCUCAAAAUAUCAAAAAAGUGUCAAAAUGAGAGAGUUUGACUAGAUUACCCCUGAGAUUUCAUCGAGUUCUAAAAGAUAUAUCCUUUUCUGUAAAAUUAUUAACAAAAACAAGAGGUCUCUACAUUAAAAUUCCAUGAACUUUUAUUUGAAUGAUUGAAAAAAACAUUUACUAUGCACUUACUACAGAACUAGACAAAUAUAAAAAACUUGAAAGUCCAUGCUUAAAAGGACUUCCAUUGUCAUAAGGAAAGUGAGAAGAUAAAUCUCUAGAAUCCCUUUAAUCUAAAAAUGUAUAAUUAUAUGGUGUGGCCAGGCGCUAUUAAUAUUCUAUUCCAAAAAUAGAUGCCCAAAAUGUGGUUUGCGGUUUUCUUUUAUUUUGUGUAAACUUGAUAAACUUAAGAAAUGCCAAAGAUGUUCAAAUAAAUUAAAUAAAAGCAAACUCUCAACUAU